AUGAAAAGAUUUAGCAGCUUUGUUUGUGUUUCCAUUUGCACUGCUUUUCUAAUAAUAGCGGUAAACUGCAACUGGACUCGAUGCUCUCAUUUAGCAGAGACCGCUGUAGUGGACUGUUCUGGACAGCGUUUUGAUAGAAUUGCUCAAACUGCACGCUUGAAAGCACCCAUAUUCGAAUUUUAUCCAAGCACUAUUGGAGGUCAAGUAUAUCUGCUGAACUUGAGUGGAAACGUUUUCCGAUCAAUUAAUUCCAGUUCUUUCUCGUCAUUACGGCAUCCAGAAACCCUUGAAAUACUGGAUAUAUCUCACAAUUCACUUAUGUUCAUAUCUCCUGGUGCCUUCAAAACUUUAUCAAACCUUAAAGUCCUUUUACUAAACGAUAAUCAAUUGCAUGCAUUGGAUCGUUUAUCAUUUGUUGAACUGGAAUCCUUGGAGGAGUUAAAUUUAGAUUCAAAUCCGCUAUCCUCAUUUCCAGAUGGAACUUUUGCUUCGCUAAGCAAGCUUCGUAGAAUAAGUAUUAUGUCAAAUCAACUGUCAUGUGAUUGUCAAAUGGCUGACUUGCUUCGUUUUGUUAAGGAUCAGCAAGUGCAAGUUUCAAAUCGGACGGUUUGCAUAUUUCCUUAUUCAUUACGCGGAAUGCAGGUUGCAAAACUGAGUGCAAAGGCACUAAAAAGAAGUUGUGGAAGAGGCGAUUUUAAUCCGACUGUGUUCGAUUUGGAGCCAACUUCACGAUCGUUGAUCGUAUAUCCGGGCGAUGAGAAGAAUAUCACAUGCAAAGUAUCGAAAUCUAACAAUGUACAAAUGGAAUGGCUGAAAAAUAACGUUCCCUUCGUUGAUUCUUCACGAUUAUUCACCACGUAUUACAAUGAUAGUGAAUUUCUAUACCUGAAACUCUGUUUGAAUCCAGUAAUUUGGGAAGACGAAGGUGAUUGGACAUGCUACGUGGAACAGGAUCGAUCAGUGUUAAGGAAUACAAUACGUAUGACACCAGUGCUAGUGAAUACGGUUCACUGUGUACAGGAAUGGCAAGCGGAUGAAAAAGGUGAGAUCAUUUGGGCAGUUUCUAAGCAAGGAUUAGUUACGGCUAGAUGUCCCAAUGGUCCAGCGAAUGCCAAAGCAUAUCGACGAUGUAAACAUGGUAAAUGGGAAAUACCAGACACAAGUCGAUGUGCCUACACUUCACCGUUAAUUAAACAUUUCCUAACAUUAUUACAACAUAAACGGACAUCUCAGUACGUGGAUGAAUUACUUCGAAUAAAGAGGCGGCCAUUUGAAAUGUCCGCCUAUGAAACUCGUCUUGUUAGCUGGCUUAUAGGUAAUGCAACUGGUUUAUCCAGUCGACAAAUGUUAGCUGCACUGAAUUUCGUUUUACAAUCUGAAUUUGCCCGCACUGAACUUAACGGUAAACUAAUGCGCCAAUACCUACAGCAUCUACUCCUAAGUGAUCAAAUUAUCCAGGAGGAUAAUUUAGCAAUAUGCCAACACCUGUUUGCUAAAGGUUAUGAUGGUACAACAGCUGAAAUUAUGAAAGGUGGUUUCUUAGCCUUACAUGAUGGUUCGAAAUUUUCAUGUCGCGAACAACAAUUCGUUGAACUACUAUCAAUAGGUGGAGCAUCAGUUCGCAUUCCUCGUUCAACGAUUGGUCAAUUUCCAUCACUAACCAUUGUCCGAGUAUUAUGGUUAUCUAAUUCGAAGAUUUUUAAAAGUAAACAUACCUUAGAUGGAAGAUGGUCUGUUAUAAAUGAAGUGUACGGUGUUGCCAUCAAACAUAUUCCUCUCAGCACAUCCAACUAUUGUUCACAGAGGAGUCAACAAGUGAUUGUUAAUAUGUGCGCUUGUAUGUUUCUGCUGUGUGCAUUAUAUUCAUUUGCCUACAAUGGAAUUCUUGAUCCCGAAAUAUGUCGAGCAAUUACUAUCGCUCUGCAUUUCUUCUUUCUUACUGUUUACUUCUGGAUUAUGCAAGCUUUUAGAUUGUUACAAAGUAGACUUGGAAAGAUUGUGGAAGAUUACAAUCGGAACAAAGCUGGUGAAAAAGUUUAUGCAGAAGAUGAAAAGGUAGCAUUGUAUGGAGCAAUUAUGAAGAUGUACUUUAUCGCUUAUGGUAUUCCGCUGAUUUCCAUGUCAGCGGUGCUAGCUACUGAUACCUUAUCACAUGAUGGAUCACCAAAAUUCUGCUUUCCUUCAUCAACGAUGCAUAUUAAAAUAUUUGCGUAUGCCGUUUAUGUACCUCUAUUUAUUUGCACUAUUCUUAUAUUGGGGAUCGUUGUCAUCAUUUUACGUCUGCUUAUUACAGCAAAGCACUUAUCUGUUGAAUCUAAUUCUCAACAAUACAUGGACAACAAAAGUUUUGCAGAAAACAUCUCACCAACCAGAAAUGGAACAACAUCUGCUGAAUUGAGCAAAAGGGCAAGCGCUGCAACAACACAACUUUUAUCGUUACUAUUAAUAACAAUACUCUAUUCAUUGAACUGUUAUGCGGCAGCGACUCAUAUUAACCAAUUAAAUCACUCGGGGCCCAAUUCUUAUUUUAAUGCGCUAUUCAACAUAUUGCUCUCUCUUGCUAUUUUUUACCCAUUCACGCUUGAAUCGAUAUGUACAAUAUUGUUUAAAGCUCGUAAUUCAAGCUGUUCCGUAUGCGCUACAAAACCAUUCGUUAAUGCAUGCAACUACAAAGAACGUAUUGUGCCGCUGGUACAAGGAGGAUCGACCGCGGGAUAUUUUGUUCAAGAAGAAUGGGUGUAA